CUUCAAAGGCGGAUGCACGGACCUCCCAGACGCGGCCUCCGUGCCUCGGAGCUCGGGCCACGCGUGCGCCCCGCCGAGCGGCGCUCCGUCGCGCCGCACUGAUGCCCGCAAGCAGGGGUUCCCUUACGGACACGGCCUCGCCGCGCCGCUGCGGAAGUUUCCGAGAGGACCUGAGGGACAAAAGCCGCCCCGCGCCCCGCCCGGCCCGCACCGCUCGGGCACACGCGGCCCUUUGUUGUCCGGCGGCGGCGGCGACGUCGGGGCGAGAGGGACCCGCGCGCGGGGCCCCAGGAGAGGUCGGGUGCCCUCGGCCGCUGGCCCCCGGGGCCAAACUUUUGCCGAGUCCCCGAUCAGAAACGCCUGGAGGUCUUCGCCGCGCGUAUGCUGGGAGUUGGCGACUUUCGCUGUGCUUUGGAAACUGGCAAGACGCCAUCACCAGGAAAUCACAUUGUCCUGCUCCCGACAGCCCCGACGGCGACCGCAGCUCAUUCGGAGCCGGACACUCGGACGCAGACGGGUAGCGGCCCUGAGCACGUGGCUUGUCAGGUGGAGCACAUACACAAAAAGGGGGAAAAAAAAGAGUUGGGUGCCUCCUGAAGUGGACUGCGCCCCCGCCUCCAUCCAAACGGCUUGGCUCUGCGGGCCACGGCCACCCCCGUGAUGCCCGCACCCACGCUACAGGUGACCAGACCGGCGGCGAACUUUGGGCUGCGGGGACCGCUCGGAGCCGGCUGAGUGCAGAGACCGCGUGCUGCGCGCCCAUUGUCGCAGACGCGUCCCUGCGGACUUCGCCAACAACGCCACGCCGCGUGCGCCGCGCAACCCCGGCGCUGGCCCUCACCGGCUGUCUUUAGCCCGUAUAGCCGCCAGCUCCAGGUAGUGGCAAGUUAAGUUUACAAGGUCCGGCUUUGUUGUGCACCCGCGUGCAAACCAUCGCGAGCGCCGCGGGAGUGCAACACGCGGGUGCUCGCGGCGCUCGAGACCACAGCCGGAGCCCCACAGAGGUUCCGCGACCCCGACUCAGUUCUCUGGGUCGGUAGGGAACACUACAACUGAGAAAAGUCAUUGUCACUUUCGGUGUGGAUGCAACUCCACUGCUACUCGUUCGUUUCCACGCGCACUCACUUUCCCCACACCCUGACUUUCGGUUUACCUCAAAUACCCUCCCCAAUUAAGAAGCGCACAUCCAACACCUCUGUACAAAGGAAUCUGGAGUCCGUAGAGCACGAGGACAGCGCUCCUCGCAAUGCCAUCUCAAGACAAAACUUCCUGUGUGUUUGUGUAUGGGAAGGACGGAGGAGGCGGGGGAGGUAAAGGGAGGAAAGAAAAAACGCAGAAAGCGGAGCCUCGGAGACAGUUUUGUACCGUUGUCCCGACUAGGAUCACUCACCUUCCACGCGCAGCAACGUCCCCACGGUGCGGACUGCACCAGGCCAACCCCCUGCAAGCACUCCCUCCGCCUGCGCCGAGUCCAGAAAGAUUGUCUCCUGCAGUUCUUCGGUUGCUACCGCGGACGGAGGUGUAGAUUCCGCUUUCCC